AAGAAAGCAAUAAACCUUUCUUCAAAUUAUUAUUCUUCUUUUUCGUUUCCAACAUGGUAUCAGUGCUAUAAGCUUCUGGUUCUUUUCUCUUAUCAUCGUUAUUGGGUUUUUGAAGUUGGAUUUUCAAGUCUAUUUCAGAUAUGAAACUUUAUCAUUGGGAUCUCUUCUCCUAUAGAUGAGAUUGUUUAUCCUCGAUUCUCAGGCACUUUUUGAGUCCUUUAUGAAAGAACAGGGUACAUUGACACAACAAUCUUGUCCUUACACUUCUUGUCCUUACACUUCUGAACAAAAUGGGCAAGUCGAACGCAAACACAGACACAUCCUUGAUUCUGUUUGUGCUUUGCUCAUCUCAUCAUCUUGUCCAGAGCGAUUUUGGGGUGAAGCUACUCUUACAGUUGUUUAUCUUGUUAAUCGCAUUCCAUCAUCAGUCCUUGAUAACCAGUCUCCAUACGAGUGUUUACAUGGAAUUCUUCCUACCUAUAAUCUUCUUAAGGUUUUUGGUUGUGCAUGUUUUGUUCUUCUUCCACCUCAUGAACAUAACAAGUUAGACCCUAGAGCUCAAUUAUGCUAUUUUUUGGGUUAUGGGAUUACACAAAAAGGAUAUUGUUGUUGGGAUCUUGUGUCACAAAAACUCCGAGUUUCACGUCAUGUUGUCUUUUGGAAACACACUAUGUUUUCAUCGUUGUCAAACUUCAAAGUGUCAUCCUCUCAUCAACCUCCAUUUUUUACUAAUCUUUCUAUUGAGCUAUUUCCUAGUGAUUCUAAUGUAAGUACAUCUGAUGAGCUCUACAAUGCCACACCACAUGCUCCAACUAGUUCUAUAGAAGAUGACCUGCCUACUAGUAAAGCGUUAGAUAAUUUUGAGCCUUCAUCUACUUCUUCAUUUGUAUCACCUAUUGAUGUUGCAUAUGAUAUUGUUGAGUCUACAAAUGAGCUUGUUGUCCCAUCCUCGAGCCAUCCUACUCAAGUAAGAAACCCUCCUAGCUACCUUUGUGAUUAUCAUUGUUUUCCUACUAUUACUUCUUUACAUAAGCCUCAAUCCUAUCAAGAGGCCUCUUCUAACCCUCUUUGGCAGCAAGCUAUGCAAGACGAAUUACAGGCUCUUGAGAACACUUGUUCAUGGGAUUUAGUUGGUUUUACACAGAAGUAUGGAAUAGACUAUGAGGAAACAUUUGCUCCAGUUGCUCGUCUCACAUCUGUGCGUAGUUUACUUGCUAUCGUUGCUAUACGAAGAUGGAAAUUGUUUCAGAUGGAUGUGAAAAAUGCUUUUCUUAAUGGUGACCUAGAAGAAGAAGUUAAUAUGAAACCACCUCCUGGGCUCAACCAUUCUCCAAACAAGUUUGGUUUCACUUCCAAUCCACAUGAUACAGCUCUGUUCAUUCGUAAGAUUGCUCGACGUAUGGUUCUUUUACUUCUUUAUGUUGACAACAUGAUUAUUAUUGGAGAUAAUGUCGCAGGUGUUGAAGAGCUAAAACAAUCCCUCUGUCAAAAAUUUGAGAUGAAAGAUCUUGGUGUUUUGAGCUAUUUCCUGGGGCUUGAAGUCACCUCUUCAGAUGACAACUACUUGCUUUCUCAAGUAAAGUAUGCCUUCGAUCUUGUUUCUAAAGCUGAACUCAAUGAUGGUAAGAGUGUUUCUUCACUUCUUGAACCUAAUGUCAAGCUUACACCUAUGGAUGGCUCUCCACUUUCCGAUCCUACUCAUUAUCGGCAAUUGGUUGGUAGUUUGGUUUAUCUUAUCACAAUACGCCCUGAUAUAGCAUAUGUAGUUCACAUUGUUGGUCAGUUUAUGGCUGCUCCUCGCUCCACUCAUUAUGCAACAGUACUUCACAUUAUUUGCUAUGUUAAAGGAACAUUAUUUCAUGGACUCCAUUUUUUUGCCAACUCCAACCUUGUGCUACGCGCUUACUCCAAUGCUGAUUGGGCCGGUGAUCCUUUUGAUCGCCGAUCUAUCACUGGCUACUGUUUUUUCCUUGGUAAUUCUCUUAUCUCUUGACGGAGUAAGAAACAAACUAUUCCAUCUUGCUCUAAUACUGAAGCUGAGUAUAGAGCUCUUGGUGAUACCACAUCAGAACUUCUUUCAUUAUGGUGGCUUCUUGAAGAUAUGGGCAUUCCUUAACCUUCUUUUACUGAUUUAUAUUGUGAUAAUCAAAGUGCUAUGCAGAU